ACUAAGUCUCUGGUCACACGUUCAGUGGAGGUUGUGUGUGAGAAAUGGCAGAGUCCCUGUGUGUGUUUACUCUACAGCUGCUGCUUGGUGUCAUUACACUGAGUCUCCUUCAGAUAAUUUCAGCUGAUCACAUAUCUGUGGACCCUGGACAAAACAUCACUCUGCUCUGUAACAUCACUCAUUAUUCAGAGAUAUCAUGGUAUCAGAAGAACUCGACCGUGAGGCAGAUUAUAUCGGCCAAACAAAAGAGACUGGACAAAAAGUUUUAUGUUGACUAUAAUGUGCAGAAGGGUCACUUUGAUAUAACAGAAAUCAACAGUUCAGUGAGUUUAGUGAUUAUUAGUGUUAGAGAGACAGAUCUGGGAUUUUAUUACUGCAAAGGAAAAAACAGCACGACACACACUGAGUUUGGGAAACCCAUCAGACUGAACUUUACAGUUAAUGAUGCCAAUAAGGAGAUUGGUCCUCUAUCUGAGGGCUCGGAUUUACAGCAGCCUGAAAGGAAUGGGACCUCCUGGAUUCCAAAUAUGAUUGUAAUGUGUGUGUGCUCCAUCUCUGUCCUGAUAAACAUUAUCUGCAUGUGUGUGUUCUGCAGCAGGGUGCAUGGAAAAUCAGGAUCAUCAUGCGGCUGCUACGAGCACACCACUGACUAUUUAAUAACUGAAAAGGAAGUGGACCUAUCUGAUUUGACCUCUGUGACCUACACAAGUGUCUCCUGACAGCCCAGAAAACAUUUGCAACAGUUUAGUUUUGUGUAACAUGUAACACUGCACUGUGUGUAAAGGACAAUAAGAAAUAAAUGGCUGAUGCAAGCAAUAUCAAAUAAGUGAAUUCAUGAACUACUGUUUUUAUUUUACCCUAGACAAAAGCCCAAAGCUUUAUAUAAACACAUGGUAGAUGUGUGCAGUUUCUAGCUUUUAUUUCUGUACUUUUUAUAGACCUCCUAAUGCUAAUAGUUGCACGUCCAUUUGCUUACAUGGCUUGAACAUAGUCAGAGGGUAAUGUCGUGGAUAUGUAUGCUUACCGUAGAUGAUAAGUGACAAUAAUAAAAAGAAUUUCCUUUUUAAAAAUUAUUUAGGAAGAGCAGUUGUUUAACAGCAACAUUUACAUGUGUUUUUGUAAAUGUUAAUAAUGUUGCAAGUGAUUUACCUGAAACAUGAAAAUGGGAUGUUGUGAAGAAACUUUACCUAUGUUUAAAAUGUAUU